AUGAAUUAAUAUCAUUUACGCUUCAUAGAUCCAAAAGUAGAGAAUUUGUACUAGCAGUAAUAAUAAUCAAAUUCAAGAUCAGCAGUUUUUAAAAUGAUGUCUUUUGGUUUAAUGAUCACUUUUGCUAUUAGAGUCAUGUAUGGGUUAAUUGAGAAAACUGAUUUUCUAUUUUUUUACAAACUUGCUAUGCUGCUAUAUCUUAUUCUGCAAUAUAUAAUGGUCUAGUGGUAACCAUAGUUAACAAGAAUGGCAUUCUUUAUAACAAAUAUUUGUACUAUGGGUUUAGUAAUUGAGGAAGAAAGUUCUCCAGAAGUUUAAAACUUAAAAGGAGCUAACUUGAUGACAGUUAAUAUUAUGCUAGUAUUAUCGGGAGAAUUUUUUGAUUCAGUCAUUUAACUAAUUUUAAUAACAACUUUAAGAUUAUCUUUGCCAUAUAUAACUACAAAUAGUUAAAAUUAUAUGAUUCUUACAAGUACUAUAUUAGCUAAUUCAUCAUUUUUAUUUUAUGCAUACACAUAUCACAAAGCAAUGAGAUCUCAAUAUUUAUUAGGAUUGGUGGAAAGCAGUUGGGAUAAAAUAUUUUAUGAAUUAAUAAAAGAUCCUUAUAUUUUAUUGAAAUUUUCUUAUUCAAAUUUAAAUUUUAGUGUUUAAAAGGAGAAUAGAUUUCCUUUUAAAAAUAGUUUGGACUUUGAUGAAGACAUUCAGUAAUGUGAAUAGGAAGAAAGAACAAUAAGGCAUUUUUUAUAGAAUGCAUCAUUAGGUAAAACCUCAUUGUCAGAAUAUAUAUAUGGUAGUAUUAAGAAAUUCUAAAUGGAUUGUUAUGAUCAUUUUAAUUAAAUACUAAGAGUGAGAUUUAAAAGAUAGCUUUUAUAGAUUGAAAUGUCUAUAUUUUAAGCUAAAAAUCCAAUGAUUUUAUUGCGAAUUAAUUCAAUAAAUAAGCAUUCAAUAAAGUAAUUAAGGAAAUACAAAAAAAGAUUUAUCUUAUACAAUAAUACAAUCAUUAACCUAUUAUCUAAAAUUGAAAAAGAAACUAAAAAUAAUAUUAUAGUAAAAGAAACAAGGAGGAAAUUAAUACUUGUUAAAUUGAUAGAAGAGUUAUAUGAUCAUUAAUAUUCGUUCAAUACUGUCAACUUAUAAUUCGUAAUUUAAUAAAUAGAGAAUUUAUAUCCUGAUAAAAAUAUAUUAUUCUAAAAUACAAACAAAAUAGAAACAUUGUUUACAAUCCCAAAUGCUCUUUUCAUGCUAUUAUUGAGUGUUUUUGAGAAUAGUGACAAAGGUUUAAUUGAAUGCAAUCUGAUAAAAUUAAAGGAGGAGAUGGAAAUAAUGAUUGAAUUUAAUGGAAACUUUUAAGCUUAGAAAAUAUUAAAGAUAUAUUAGAGUACAAAAUAUCAUAUACGAUUAUUAGUUUCUAGUUUAUUUAUAUCACCAAAAUGUAAGAUAUUAUAAUAUAAUUAUGUAGUGGUGUAGUUUAUUUUAUUUUCAGAACCUCUAUGUUCGUCUAAUCUUGAUAUCUAUACCUAUGAAUACGAUGAUUUACUAUCUAAUGACCGUUGA